AUCAAACUUUAUGGCAAAAUAUCAAGUGGUCAUCAAGCUUGCUUUUCUCCAUAUCUAGUUAAUAUAAUAUUAGACUUGGAGAAGAUUGUUAAUAAUCUCUUAAGAUGGGUGCAAAGCAAUCAAUUAAGAAUCCAAAAAAUAGAGAGCGAACGUCUGUGAAGACAGAAGAACCAAGCAAGCUAAGACCAGAAAGAAGUAAAACUGAUGUCAAUAAUAAUGCAGAAACUACAAAUAUAAGAGUCCAGCCUCUAUAUAUAAGACCUCAGCUUCCAUAUUAUCUGAAUGAGAUCUUGAAAGAAGUAGACUCUCCGUUGGAGAUUGAUAUAUUGUCCACAGAGCGACUAUAUGAACAGCUAUAUAAUGGAGUCCACCUCAAACAAAAUAAGAAGGUAGAGCAACUUAAGUUUCCCUUCUUCUUCUUCUCUGCGAACUUCUUUUUAUCCUUAUCCUAUACAGAAAAGUACUGGAUUGACAGAACGAAUAACGCAAACUGCUUUAUGUUAUAUGCAAAAGAUCUCUCAAUCACUUGGGGAGAAGACAAUCGUUACUGGGAUUGGGUAGAUAUAAAAGAGACAAGUGAUGAAAAAAUUUUAGCAGCAGAACUAAAAACUGUGUGUUGGCUGGAAGUUUGUGGGAGGUUUGAUACAGAAGCACUUACGCCAGAAAAAUUGUACGAGGUAGUGUUCGUGGUGAAGAUAAAAGAAAAUGCAGAUGGACUGGAAUCAAUUACAUUGAGGCUUAUCAUCCCAAAUAAGUCAAGCAACGAUGUUACAGUAAAUCUGAUGAAUGUAGCAGAAAGAGAAAAAUGGAUAGAAGUGCCAGUAGGUGAGUUCUUCACGAUCAGUGAGAUUAAGAGGAAGAAGAAGAGGGAGGAGAUUGAGAUUUUUCUAUAUGAAACCGAGAAACUGAAUUGUAAACAGGGUUUAGUCAUCAAAGGUAUUGUUAUUCGUCCCAAAGUGUCCUGAGAUUUUCCGUCUGGGUGAUUUACAAGAAUGACUUUAGAGGUGGAUGAUCUUGAACUUAUAAUCUUGCUUGCCCCAUUAACAGAACAUCAAGUUUCGACUUUUGGCCUUGAAGGUUUACCCAUGUGGCAAAAGUUCAAGACCAGCUAUUUCCAAGGUCAUUAGGUGUUAAUUUCCUAAAGAAUAAGAAGCUUAUGUAAUUUAUUUUGGAGAUAUAAGUUUGUUCAGUUCGAAAUUCAGUGACUAAUGACCUGCCA